CCUCAGGGUCACGUGACGAGGAGUUGCGUGAACGUCUGAAUGGCGCCCCCCCUCGACUCGCAGGUGGAGGGACCUCUGAGGAGGAGGAAGAAGACCCCGUGAAGAAGCAAUCUGGCCGCCUCUGGGAGCUCAUCAGGAGAUGAAGAAGUUCCUCAGCAUUUGCUCAUCUGAAGCACCUCCAACUCUCAAUAGGCAGGAGCUUAGUUUGCACACUUUAUGCACAUAGAGGAAUUAAGCUUCGAUAGUGGAACAGACUACUUCAGAAGGUGAGAGAUGUGCCUUCUUUGGACGUUUUUCAGUCGAGGUCAGAACCACUUGGAGUGGUUUUAGCAGCGGAUUUCUACCCUGGCAUCUGGGAAUUGGGCUAUUUGACCCUUAGGAGCCCUUCCAGUUCUACAGUUCUUGGUCUCGGGCUUCCAGGCCAUGGAGAACAAGAGCUUCCGCCGUGGGAGCUUCCAGAGCAGCACCAGCGACGAAGACCUGGUGGAGGUCAGUGGAGGGACGCUGGACUUCUCCAUUGUGGAUGACGUCCCGCCGUUGGAUCGGGAGAUGAUGGCGGAAGGCUUCUCUUCGUACAACGGAGGAGGGAUGAACGGAGCCAGCAAGAUGAUGGAUUUCCUGGAGGAACCGAUCCCAGGCGUGGGGACCUACGAGGACUUCAACACGAUCGACUGGGUGCGCGAAAAGUCCCGCGACCGCGACAGGCACAGAGAGAUCACCAAUAAAAGUAAGGAGUCCACGUGGGCCCUGAUCCACAGCGUUAGUGACGCAUUCUCAGGAUGGCUGUUGAUGUUACUCAUAGGAUUAUCAGCAGGAGCCCUGGCCGGCUUGAUCGACAUCUCGGCCCACUGGAUGACGGACUUGAAGGAGGGUGUGUGUUUGAAUGGCUUCUGGUACAACCACGAACACUGCUGCUGGAACUCCCCAAAGACCACCUUCAAGGACAGGGACAAGUGCCCCGAAUGGAGGACCUGGGCGCAGCUUCUGACGGGCAAAGAGGAAGGGGGGGCGGUUGCUUAUGUCCUCAACUAUUUCCUCUACGUCGUCUGGGCACUCCUGUUCUCUCUCCUUGCCGUACUGCUUGUCCGGGGCUUUGCACCCUAUGCCUGCGGCUCAGGGAUCCCAGAGAUCAAGACCAUCCUGAGCGGGUUCAUCAUCCGGGGCUACCUGGGCAAGUGGACGCUGCUCAUCAAGACCAUCACCCUGGUGCUGGCCGUCUCAUCGGGGCUGAGCCUGGGCAAAGAGGGUCCCCUGGUCCAUGUGGCCUGCUGCUGCGGGAACAUCCUCUGCCACCUCUUCACUAAGUACCGGAAGAAUGAGGCCAAGCGCAGAGAGGUCUUAUCAGCGGCUGCGGCUGCAGGAGUCUCUGUGGCUUUUGGAGCCCCCAUCGGAGGCGUCCUGUUCAGUCUUGAAGAGGUCAGCUACUAUUUCCCCUUGAAGACGCUGUGGCGCUCCUUCUUCGCUGCCCUGGUGGCCGCCUUCACCUUGCGCUCCAUCAACCCCUUUGGGAACAGCCGGCUGGUCCUCUUCUACGUGGAGUUCCACACCCCUUGGCACCUGCUGGAGCUGGUGCCCUUCAUCCUCCUGGGAAUCUUCGGGGGACUCUGGGGGGCUUUCUUCAUCCGCAGCAACAUUGCCUGGUGCCGGAGGCGGAAGACCACCCGGCUGGGCCGGUACCCUGUGACGGAGGUGAUUGCGGUUACAGCCAUCACGGCCAUCCUGGCCUUCCCCAAUGAGUACACCCGCAUGAGCACCAGUGAACUCAUUUCAGAGCUCUUCAAUGACUGCAGCCUCCUGGACUCUUCCAAGCUCUGCGACUACCUCAACGACUUCAACAGCACCAAGGGGGAUGACCUGCCCGACCGGGCCGCGGGAAAGGGGGUCCACAUGGCCAUGUGGCAGCUGGCCCUGGCCCUCCUCCUGAAAGUCUUCAUCACCAUCUUCACCUUCGGCAUGAAGGUGCCGUCGGGGCUGUUCAUCCCAAGUAUGGCUGUGGGGGCCAUCACUGGCCGGCUCCUGGGGGUAGGGAUGGAGCAGCUGGCUUACUACCACCACGACUGGGGCAUCUUCAAAGGCUGGUGCAGCCCCGGAGCAGAUUGCAUCACCCCCGGCCUCUAUGCCAUGGUCGGAGCGGCCGCCUGCCUAGGUGGUGUGACGCGCAUGACGGUGUCCCUGGUAGUCAUCAUGUUUGAACUAACUGGGGGGCUGGAGUACAUCGUGCCCUUGAUGGCUGCUGCCAUGACCAGCAAGUGGGUGGCUGAUGCUAUUGGCCGGGAGGGCAUUUAUGAUGCCCACAUCCGCCUGAACGGCUACCCUUUCCUGGAGGCCAAGGAGGAGUUCUCCCACAAGACACUGGCCAUGGAUGUCAUGCGGCCGCGGCGCAAUGACCCACCCUUGACUGUUCUCACCCAGGACAGCAUGAACGUGGAGGAUGUGGAGGCCGUUGUGAGUGAAACCACCUACAGCGGCUACCCGGUGGUGGUGUCCAAAGAGUCCCAGCGGCUGGUGGGUUUCGUCCUGAGGCGAGACCUUAUCAUCUCCAUUGAAAUGGCCCGGAAGAAACAAGAUGGAAUUGUGAGCAGCUCUUUAAUUUAUUUCACCGACCAUUCCCCUCCACUGCCGCCCAGUUCCCCGUCCACCCUCAAGCUCCGGAACAUCCUCGACCUCAGUCCUUUCACUGUGACAGACCAAACGCCCAUGGAGAUCGUGGUGGACAUUUUCCGGAAACUCGGGCUGCGUCAGUGCCUGGUCACGCACAACGGGAAAUUGCUGGGGAUCAUUACCAAAAAGGACGUAUUAAAGCACAUUGCACAAAUGGCAAACCAGGACCCGGACUCCAUAUUGUUCAACUGAACGUAAGCUAAGGGCUGGGCAGAGGCAUUGCCCUCCCACCUCCAACCCUCGAACUUGACAAUGAACGGACUCCAAAGCCUUGUUUCUCUUUUUUGAUGAGAAUCCGGAGCACUCUUCAGAGACGUUUCCCUUUACGGAGCUAAUGAUAAUCAUGUUUUAUUUUUUUUUUUCUACAAGAUAACCAAUUGCACUAUAUAAUCUGUGGAAAUUAAUCUUCUCUUUAGAAGAAAAAGACUUUAUUAUAUAAUUCUUUUGAAGUUGCGCUGGGAAAGAGGUUCCAUGAAGGAGUAAAAAGGACGGUAUAAUUGAA